AUGGUCGCUAACAAAUACAACAGUUUCGGGAGAGGCUCCUCAGCAGCCUGUUGCGUCGCGCAAGAGCGACUGAUAGAAUCAUACAUCUCCGAGAAUGGCACGGAUCCGGUGACUGGAGAGGACCUUACCGUCGAGGAUCUGGUCGAGCUCAAGCAAGCUCGCGUCGUUCGCCCUAGACCCCCGACAUUGACCUCGAUUCCCGCUCUCCUCUCCACCUUCCAGAACGAAUGGGAUGCUCUUGUCCUCGAGACCUACCAACUCAAGCAGCAGCUCGCCGAGACGCGCCAGGAGCUCAGUACCGCUCUCUACUACAGUGAUUCCGCCGAGAAGGUCAUCGCACGUCUACAAAAAGAGAGAGACGAAGCCAGAGAUGCUUUGGCCAAGAUCUCCGUUACCUCGACUUCGAAUAGCGCAAAUGGAGAUGCCAUGCAGGUGGAUGGACAAGGCUUGCCCGAGGCCAUUGUCGCAAAGAUCGAGCAGACACAAACGGAGUGCGUUCAUCGAAAAGAUCCGAGAAAGUCUUACCUGCUAACAUGCUACUAUCAGANNUUGUCGUCAACACGACGAAAGCGCCCAACACCCGAAGGCUGGGCAACCNCCGACUCCCUGCAGGCCAUGCAAUCUACUCAGAACUCGGAGCCCUUGUACCCUGGUGGCCGUUCGAUCGCUGUCAACGAGACAGGCGACCUGGCACUUGUCGGAGGUAGCGACGGCGUAGUUGGCGUCUACUCAGUAUCACAAGGAGAGGUUGUCCAAACAUUGAAGUGCGGUGGUGGUUCUGUUACCGAUGCUGUUUGGUACGGCAACAAGCCCGUGGUUGCCCUCUCGACUGGUGCAGUCAAGAUCUUCGACAACGGAGCCGAGGUUGCUAGCUUCGACCGCCAUGCAGGUGCAGUCGGUGCAGUUGCUCUGCAUCCGUGCGGAGACAUUCUGGCCUCGGUCGGUAUGGACAAGAGCUACGUCCUCUACGACUUGCAGUCGCUUCAGCCUAUUACACAGGUUUCUACUGAUUCUGGUGUGUCUAUUUGCAGAAAAGAUCAAAGUCAGGCGCUAACUGUUUCCANNGAACUCACAACUGCCGCAUUCCACCCAGACGGACACCUCUUCGCAGCCGGCAGCAACAAGGGAACGAUCAAGCUUUUCGAUGUCAAGACGUCAGAGAACGUGGCCAACUUCGACUCGACUUUCGGACAAUCACCUCUUCAGACAGUGUCCUUCUCGGAGAACGGCACAUGGCUUGUAUCGGCAGUGCAAGGACAGACCAGCGUCAGCGUCUGGGACUUGCGCAAGAUGGCAGAGAUCAAGACAAUCGACCUGGGCACAGCGGUUACUGGAGUCAGCUGGGAUUACACUGGACAGUACCUCGCAGCAUGCGGACAGGGCUUUGUGGCAGUCGAGCAUUACGCCAAGAGCUCAAAGAGCUGGUCAGAGCCGUUCAGAAAGGCACUGAACGCAGUCGACGUGAAAUGGGGACCCAAGGCUCAGAGUUUGGUUGCAUUGGCGACGGACGGCAGCGUCAGCAUCUUGUCUUCGUAA